GCCGCCGGUGGCUGCUGGAGAAAGGCGAGGAGCGCAGGUGGGCGGCAGCGGCGGGAGGAGCAGCCCUUGAGCGGAGCGGCGGCGGCGGCGGGGCUGCGCGCGCAGGCCCAGGCAUGGCCACCAUGCUGUACCCCCGCGAGGAGAAGCUGGAGAAGAUGAGCCAGGACGAGAUCGUGCUGGGCACCAAGGCAGUGGUGCAGGGCCUGGAGACCUUGCGUACCGAGCACCACUCCUUGCUGGCCGCCCUGCUCGACACCAUGAGCCACCUGGAGCAGCAGCACGACGCCAGCACCACCCAGGAGAAGGCCAGCCUCUUGCGCAAGUCCCUGGACGCCAUCGAGUUGGGGCUUGGAGAGGCCCAGGUGAUCAUCGCCCUCUCGAGCCACCUGAGCGCCGUGGAGUCGGAGAAGCAGAAGCUGCGGGCCCAGGUGCGGCGCCUGGUGCAGGAGAACCAGUGGCUGCGGGAUGAGCUGGCCGGCACCCAGCAGAAGCUGCAGCGCAGCGAGCAGGCUGUGGCCCAGCUGGAGGAGGAGAAGAAGCACCUGGAGUUCAUGAACCAGAUCAAGAAGUUCGAUGAGGAUGUCUCCCCCUCAGAGGAAAAGAAUGGGGAGACGGCGAAGGACUCACUGGACGAUCUGUUCCCGAAUGAUGAUGACCAGGGACAAGGGCAGAACCAUGGCAGCGGGGAUGCAGCAGCCCAGCAUGGCGGUUACGAGAUCCCCGCGCGCCUGCGGACGCUGCACAACCUGGUGAUCCAGUAUGCCUCCCAAGGGCGCUACGAAGUGGCCGUACCCCUCUGCAAGCAGGCCUUGGAGGACCUUGAGAAAACCUCCGGCCAUGACCACCCCGAUGUGGCUACCAUGCUGAACAUCCUUGCCUUGGUGUACAGGGACCAGAACAAGUACAAGGAGGCUGCUCACCUUCUCAACGAUGCCUUGGCUAUCCGGGAGAAGACCUUGGGGAAGGACCAUCCUGCCGUGGCUGCCACGCUGAACAAUCUGGCCGUGCUGUAUGGGAAACGGGGCAAAUACAAAGAGGCGGAGCCGCUGUGCAAGAGGGCCCUGGAGAUCCGCGAGAAGGUGCUAGGGAAGUACCACCCAGAUGUCGCCAAGCAGCUGAACAACUUGGCACUCCUGUGCCAGAACCAGGGCAAAUACGAAGAGGUUCAGUACUAUUACCGGCGUGCCCUGGAGAUCUACGAAUCCCGCCUCGGCCCCGACGAUCCCAACGUGGCCAAGACAAAGAAUAACCUGGCCUCCUGCUACCUCAAACAAGGGAAAUACAAAGAUGCCGAGACCCUCUACAAGGAGAUCCUGACCCGAGCGCACGAGAGAGAAUUUGGAUCCGUCAACGGAGACAACAAGCCAAUCUGGAUGCAUGCUGAAGAGCGAGAGGAGAGCAAGAAUAACCGCAAAGACAGCGCCCCCUACGGGGAGUACGGCAGCUGGUACAAAGCCUGCAAAGUAGACAGCCCCACGGUCAACACGACUCUGAAAAGCUUGGGGGCUCUCUACCGACGUCAAGGCAAGCUGGAAGCUGCAGAAACGCUGGAGGAGUGUGCCCUGAAAACCCGCAAGCAGGGCAUAGACGCCAUCAACCAGAGCAAAGUGGUAGAACUACUGAAGGACGGGAACCGCUCGGAACAUCGACCGACCCGCGAGGGGGCCUCUGGUGCCAACAAGUGUGAAAACGGAGCUGAACCAGAAGAUGGGGCAGCAGAGUGGUCUGGGGCAGGCUCCGGGGCCUUGCGGCGCAGUGGCUCCUUCGGGAAACUGCGUGAUGCCCUGCGGCGGAGCAGCGAGAUGCUGGUAAAGAAACUGCAAGGGAGCAGCCCACAAGAACCCAGAAACCCAGGGAUGAAGCGAGCCAGUUCUCUGAACUUCCUCAACAAGAGCGUCGAAGAAGAGUCAAGCCAGGGGUCCAGUAGCCUAUCAGACAGCCGGGGACUCAGCGCCAGCAAUGUAGACCUUUCUCGACGUAGCUCCCUGCUGGCGUAAGGAGUAGCUCGGCCCGGUCCCGCUGGGGCCGGGUCAGAGCCUGAAGAGCCAGGAGCCUUGGACCCUUUGGCCUUCUGUUCACUGCUGCUCCAGUAUCAUGACCAUCUGUCCCCAAACGGUGCCGGGAGAGCCCCACCCCACCCUCUCGCGCUGGGUCGAGACUCGCCCCGCGCGGAGUCGGUGCCCCUCCUCACGCAACGCAUGUGUGCCCUCCGCUGACGUCUUCCUCUCCACCACCGGCAUGUCGCUGUCGCCGCUCUCCAUUGGUCGCGUCUCGCUCCCAGAAGAGAGACAUUCACAGUAGGCCGUUAACUCGGCCCGCCUCUGUCUUCUCCCAGAACCCUUCACAGCUUCUCGAAAGGGAUUGGCUGCUCCUACUGGCUGUCAGGGGACCUUGUCCUGCACUCUUUA